UCAUUAAACCCCAGUUUUCACCACUAGAUUUCUUUUUAUGAAUGAAAACAAGGCAUUAUUCAAAGGGCAAUACACCAGGACUGUAUCACUAGAGUGAUUAUAGAGAAAAGACAGAAGAAAAGCAAAAAGGGGCUAAAAAUGCAAACUCCCAUUGUUCCACCCCCAUCACUUGUGGACAUACAUGAUAACAAAAAAUGCUAAACAGAAAAGUAGUUGCAUGACAAAAUCAGGCAUAUGUUUGAGAAAUGCAAGUGAAUUUCAGCAAGCGAUAGCACAACUCUACAUGCCUUCCCGCCCAAGAUGUAGCCUACAACAUAAUGGAACUUUCACAAACUUAAUAAACUAACUUGAUCCACCGCCAAAACAACCACAUUCAGAUUUCAGUUGUUGCCAUUAUCCAAGAAUGAUGAGUAAAUAGAGAUACCAUAAUCAAAUGGAAGUUCAGCGUAUGGACUUAGCUUUACUUUUAUAUCACAGAAAUCCCCACAAUGGUACAGAAAACAAGCUGAAAAAGACUCAUCCAGGAAUAGCAAUCCAUAAGUCAAAACUGACAAAGCAGUAGUCAACUCAAAACUGUGGUCUGUAGCCAAAUAAACAGAACAGCUGACAUCGCAACAAGCCAUAAACCGCAGAACUGAACCUUUCCAUUCCUUUCCCUGAUGACUCCGCUAUCAAUCGAAAGAUUUUUCUCUUUAGGAUUCUUCCAACAAGAAAGAACUAAUGCAUCUCCAGCUUCUGCUCCAUCGAAUCUCUUAUCGGAUCCGCUGCUUCCACGCCGCUGCAACCACUCCCCUCUCGGAGACUUCCGUAUCCGACGAACUCAUCUCGAUUAUCGAGGAAUCCAAUCCGUUGGAGCUGGAGCUGGACGCCAUGAUCCCUUUCCUCUCCCCCGCUGUCGUCGCUUCCGUCAUCCAACAGACGCCCAAUCCGCAGCUGGCGCCGGCGUCGGAAGAAAGAAGAGACGAGGACUGGCAACCCCGGCGGAGGAAGAAAGAAGGAACGGCGGGGGAUGGAGGCCUCAAUCGUAACCGCCAGAUACAUCUCGGUUCUGAUCUAGCUGUUUGCCUUAGAUUAGAGGAAGGUCGACGCCUCUACCGUCAGAGUCGACAGCAGGGGUGUUCCUGCCGAUGAUGGAGGCGAGCGUACCGGAGGAGAUGCAGUCGUUGGGGUAUGGUAUCGGAGGAGAUCGAGAGAGACAGGUAGGGAUUGAAAAUU